GUGGAAGUGGUGGGUGAGCUGUCGGGGCCAGAGUUUCGAGAAGUUUCGCAGAGAGCAUCGAUAGCGCGGCGUUUAGUCCCACUCUUUGAUCGUGUAUUAGUCGAGCGAUUUGUGGCCGAAACCAAAUCCAAGGGAGGAAUUAUGAUACCCGAGAAGGCUUUGGGAAAAGUGCACUCCGGGACUGUUGUGGCCGUCGGUCCCGGUUCUCGCAACGACAAGGGAGAGCCGGUGCCCACUAGUGUCCAGACCGGCGAUAAAGUGCUUCUUCCCGAAUACGGCGGAACCAAAGUCGAGAUCGAAGACAAGGAGUACUUCAUCUUCAGAGACAGCGAAAUACUGGGAAAGUGGGAGAACUAACUGUCCCUUCAUUUGUCUCAAUAUUAUUAGUUUAAUUACAAUUACUCUUUCAUUACUCCUCUCAUCACUCAAUUGAUUAGUCUUUUUUUUAAAUAAUUUGCAAUUUAUUUGCUUCGAUUAAAUCGUGUUUUUUGUUUUGAUUUAGAUUUACUCUAAUUUUUCCAUAACUUUUAUAUUUGAAAAGUAAUUAAAAUUUAGUAAAUAAAUAUAUGGUUUAUUGAAAAA